UGAUAUUAAACUUUGAAGCAUUUUCGUCUAUAAAUUGUAUUUUAAAUACAAAUCAACGUUGUAAAAUCAGAAUAUUGAUCAUGUAAUAAUAUGUAUGAUUAUCUAUAAUUCUAUUGAGACAUCUUAUAAAGACAAUUCACCAAUAAUAUUAUUUUUAUUUAUGUACGUACAGGUUAACUUGAAAAUCAACACAUCAAAUAAUAAAGUGAAGAAAAGCAAAAAUGGAACCUAAAAAAAUAUCUUUUGGGUUUAUGAAAACCAAGAAACAGGAUAAGCCAGUGGCCACAGAACAGAAGGAAUAUAUUGAAUGUGUGGAAGAGAAGUCCAUUAAAGUAGUUGGUGGUGAAGAAAUUAAAGAUGAAGCACCAUUGGUGAUACCCAUGAAACCAAACACUAUGAUAACGGCAGAACGACUUCGGCAAAUAGCGGAAAAAGUUGAAAAUUUCGAAGAACAACCUACUAAAGAAGAAAAUAAUGCUAUACCUGAAGUAAAACGUGAAAAUGAGACUCUGGAACAAAUGGCUGCCAGGGAGUUGUUGGAGGAAGCUCAGAAAAAGACUGUAGUUGAUGUGUCCACCUUAGUUGUACCUGUUCCUGCUCAGCCUGUGCUUGAGGGACAGAAGGAGUCAACAUUAGACGAUUAUGAAUCUGUGCCAAUACAAGAUUUUGGACUUGCUAUGCUGCGUGGAAUGGGUUGGGCUCCAGGGAAAGAUCAAUCAAAAUACAAACUUCCAGAACUUCGACCCAAAGGAUUAGGAUUAGGAGCAGAUAAAGUUAUUAAAGAAAAUCAAAAGAAGAAAUCUAACACAAAAGAUAAUGAGGAAGAACUUGCAAUUGUUAAGAAAUCAUUUGUAAAAAUUACGACAGGGAAAUAUGCUGGAUUCUAUGGACAGGUUGUGAGUCUCGAUGAAGAAAACGGAAGGGCAAUGGUUGAUAUUCCGAUAAAAAAGGAAACAGUCAGCUUAAGUGAGUUCAUGAUGCAGGCAGUGCCAAAAUCGGAAUAUGACAGAGAAUCUAAAGUGAUUAAUGCUGAUUCAUAUCAAGAAUACAAAAAGCAGGAGAGCACACAAAAACCAACAAACAAGCAUUCAAAGACUGAUAGAGAUAGUUCAUCUAAUAGGAAUUCUUAUGAUAGGAAGCCUAGAGAUUAUGAAGAUCGUCUAUCGAAUAACAGGAAUAGAUCAAGAGAUAGAAGAAAUAAUUCACCCGAUAGUGACAGGGAUUCAAGACAUAGGAAGAAAUCAAGCAAAAAAUAUAGCAGUAACGAAUCUCUAAAUUCGUCUGACUCUGAAUAUAAUAAAUCAAAAGAUAGACGAAGAAAUAGUACAAGCAGUGACUCAUCCUCAAAUUAUAAGCACAAGAAAAAAAGCCACAGCAAAAGUUCAAAGGAAAAACGGGACAUUGAUAAGAAAAGGAAAGGGAAAAAGAAAAAGAGAGAUAGAGAUAGGUCGCCUAAUUAUAAGAAACAUAGGAAAUAAGAUUAAUUGAAUGUGACUUUUAUUAUAUGAUUUUUUUAAA